CAAACAAACAAAGCAUUCUUAAAGCGACAUCAGGUUUUGUUGAAAUCUGUGACUGUCUUUUGUUGUCUGUCUCUCACUCUGGUUUCUUCCUGUUCUCUUCUCGUGUCUCUCUGCUAUCAUCAACCUCGAUUAUGUCGUGACUCUCUCAUCAACCAACCAAUGUUUCACAUACUGUUUAUUGGAUUUGAGUUGAUGAAUUUGUCAUGCACAUGUUUUGUUGCGUAGAAAUGAAGCUGUUUCUUUUGCUGUUUUGAUUGGAUUCUAGCGACCUGAGUGAUAUUUUGGAUCCAAGUUUCAUUGUUUUAUUGGAUUCUGAAAUCUGAAAUUCUAACUGCUACAUUGAUUGUUUAAGAAUUGUUGAGUACAAUGCCGUAUAUUCAGAAAUUGUAUGACGUCUGCAAGGCUUCCUUGUCUCCUGAAGGACCUAUUUCAGAAGAAGCACUUGAAAAAGUCCGAACCGUCUUAGAUGGGUUGAAGCCUUCCCAUGUCGGUCUUGAUCAUGAGGCGCAACUGGCGCGAAGUUGGAAACGUUCUAUGAAUGGUGGAAAUGGAACUCCUGAGGGUCCUCCUAUUAAGUACAUUCACCUGCACGAAUGUGACAAGUUCUCUAUUGGAGUAUUCUGUAUGUCUCCUGGUUCUUUGAUUCCGCUGCAUGAUCAUCCUAGAAUGACUGUUUUAAGCAAGGUUCUCUAUGGUUCGUUGCAUGUGAAAGCAUUUGAUUGGAUCGACUUGCCUGCGUCAUGUGAUCUAUCCCAAGCUGCAGCGAGACCAGCAAAACUUGUCAGAGAUUGUCAGAUGACUGCUCCUUGUGACACCACAAUUCUUUAUCCAAAUAGGGGAGGCAACCUCCAUUGCUUCAAAGCCAUAACCCCUUGUGCUCUCUUCGACAUUCUUACCCCUCCUUACUCAUUGGAAGAAGAAGUAAAUGGACGAAACUGCUCUUAUUUCCGUAAGUCGCUGAGGACAGAUCUUCCAGUGCUUGAGGAGCUGCGCGGGAUGAGUUCAUCUGAAAUCACCUGGUUAGAAAAGAUUCCGCCGCCUAGCGAUUUGAUUAUUGGGAAUGGGCAAUACAGAGGCCCUAAUAUUCGGCGAUGAAGGAGACAACUCAUUUGUUCUUAUACAGCAUUGGUCAGGCUUGACUAGAAACUUUACCUGGUUGGAACAUUUUGGAAAUAGUUUAUCUUCUGUUUGGUAUGGCUGUGAAUUAAUUGUACAGACUAUGAUAAAUGCUGGCUGUGAAUGUUGUUUAUGCCAUGUUUCUAGUUUUCCCGUUCUAGAUUAUAACUGCGGCAUAUUCUUCUCCCAGUCCCAAGUGAAGUGCCAAGAAUGUUGUUUAUGCCAUGUUUCUAGUUUUCCCUUUCUAGAUUAUAACUGCGGCAUGGCUAUCUUUGUUGAUGUUACUGCUUUCCUUGACAUGUGAAUUAUUAUGACUUUCUUAUUUGAAUGGAUUAUGCUGAACACAGUUCUAUA